CAGAGACAGUAGGGCAUAAAAGGGUAUAUAUAUGUAAGGGGAGUGUAUUUGUGGUAGAGGAAGGGAGUGUCUCAGAAGACAGAACAGCUCACAAGGUGCUUAUGUCAGAGUCUGCCCUUUAGUACUUUGGUUAGCACAUGGAAAAGGGGGAAGGAGGGAGGUGAGGAAACUAUGCCGGGCCCAGGGGUGUUGGGGGCUCAGUGGGCCAUGAGAAAGAAGUGAGUCACAUCAGGAGUCCUCGUCCAGCACAGCUCUAAGCUGAAGAGCUCAGGCUGGAGCAAUAGCGAAGUUCCUCCUUAGCUAUACCUGAAGAGGCAGGCAAGAGGCGGAAAAGGAGCUAACCCACCAGAACAAUCCUGGACAGAGCAGAGCCAGAGAUAAGAGACUACCCGAGAACGGGAACCAUGGCUCCUGGUACUUCUUGGUGGCUAUGGGUUCUGGGAACCCUGGUGGGACUUUCACCGAGGGUAAUAUCCAAGCUUCACUGCCCACAAGGACAAUACCAGGUGGAGCAAGGAUCAUGGUGCUGCCAACUAUGUAAUCCAGGCACAUUCCUAGUAGGGGACUGUGACGGUGACGGGAAGGAAGCUCACUGUAAAUCCUGUAUCCCUGGAUUCUCCUUCACCCCAGACCACCAUGCCCAGCGCCAAUGUGAGAGCUGCCGAAUCUGUGUUAAUGGCUUUCCGAUUCAGAGCUGCAACAUCACUACCAAUACAGAGUGUGCCUGCCCCAAGGGGCAACAGUGUCGAGAUAAGGAAUGUACCAGCUGUGAUCCCCAACCUACACACCUGCUGAGCACACCCCAGUACACCGUCAGAAGUACACAUCAACACCCUGCAACCACACACCAACACCCUACCAACACCCACUCAGCUUACUACUCCGAGACAGCUGGCACUAGUGCUCCAACAGGACCUGCCCAAAGCCCACCAGGAACAGUCCCAUCCAGCCAGGUCAGCAUUUACAUCCUCCUCAUUCUCUGUGGAUUGAUUCUGACCAUCUUCAUUCAUGGGACUUGGCUUAUCCUGAAAAAAAGAAACCGCCAACUCAAAAAGGAACAAGACAAGAAAAUGCUAGUCAAGUUCUGCCUAACUGGAUCCAGAGAAGACCUAGGCCCCUGCUGUCCAAAGCAGGAGGAAGGGAACACUGUGCCUAUCCAAGAAGAUUACAGAAAGCCUGACCCUGCCUCUUACCCCUAAGCCAGACUUAGCAAGGCAGUACUGACAGGACAGCAUUCUUCUCUACCUUGGCCUGGCUCCUGGCAUGACUAUUAUGAGUGUGGGAGAUCUGAGAACCCUCUCACUCAAUACCAACACCUCCUAGGAGCCCUCGACACCACCCCCUGCCCAGGUGUCUUCCCCCUUUCUUACCUAGAAACUUCAUUUGACUUUACAAACAGUGGAGAAGGGUGUCGAGAGAAAAGGAGAACACAUGUUGGGGUGUGGUAAGGCUAAGGAAGAUUGUGAUGAGAAGCAGAGGACACUUGGUGCACCCUGUGGUCUCACAUGGGGACUCAGUAAAGUAGAAAGAGCUCAUAUAUACAAAUAAAACUGCCGCACUUCUCUGGCUGAGAAAAAGCAAGCCCCAAUUGUUGUAUCGGAUAGCAAAUCAUCAAAUUAAGGAGAGGAAAUAUAAAUAUGUACCCCCUCCAGUCUCUUAACAUGAAAUGCUGAGAUCCUUAAGAAUUUGAUGAAUCAAUUCACAGGCUGCUCCCCACUAUUCCUCAAAGCCACCUUCUCUCUCCAUACAUGAAGAGUUUUCUCUGCCCUAGAGGGUAUUUAUUCAGGUUCUGACUGGGGGAUAUACUAUAUACUAUACUAAAUCUAACAACAGAAGCAUCCCAGAGGUAAUGGGAAAAACUCAGAUCAUAGACCCUUAACUGCUCAGUCCAGGACCAUGUCCUUUGGCAUUAGUAGAGCCUACUGCUUCUUUCUUCUGCAUGAAGAAGAUUCUGAGGUGAUCCCCUUAGUCACUAACAAACUAGGGAUGGGGGAGGACAGAGAGAGGAAACAGUUGGUAUUGGAAGCAGUGUCACUGCCUCAGAGUGAACGUGGACUGGAAGAGUACUAUCUAAAAGUGGGGCUUGGGAAAGGAUGCCAGGAAAGUUGGCUCUUUCUCAGGUACACUGGAUGGCUCCACUGACUUCCAAAGGCUGCUCCUCUGCCUCAUCCCUAGCGAAAGGAGAAACUUUAAGACUAUCCCAAAAACUCCCCAUCCCUAGAAUUUCUCUGCUGCACAUCACUCUGAAGAGCCCUAAAAGCUCACCACUACCCCUCAGUUCCCCACAUCCUUCUCCAUAACCGGUCAGGCCAAAGUCUAAUCCCUUUAUUUCACAGAUGAGGUCCAAAGAGUACCCAGGAUUUUACAACUAGUAAGUGUCUGAGGCAGAAUAUCAACUCAGGUCUUCCCGACUCCAAGUCCAGGGCCCAUUACUCCACGCAGGGGAGUGCUACCCAUCUUACCAAAUACAGAAAGUAGGUGACUGAGACACCUCUUGCUCUCCUUACAGACCAGAGAGAAGACUACUGCUGAAGGCAUAGCUUGGGUCAUCAGGAAAAUUCAGGUGCCUGAGAGAGAGAACUCUGUUUCUAUGACAAUAGGAAUCCUUGGGGAUGAUCCUGAAGGGGCCAUCUUAUACCUCAAAUUUAACCUGCCCCCAGGCCCUGAGGGUACAAGGCCAAUUGCAGGCAAUAAAGUGGAAAGUAUACUGGAGAGGUACACAUUUCACAUUUAUCAUCUUCAGUGGCCCAGGAGAUGGAUCUCUUCUACCUUGUCCAACUUCCUUCUAGAAACCACAGAAGACGGAAGAUUCCUUAAGGUAUGUGAUCUAUUUGGCUGCAACUUUAAGCAUGGUGGAGCAGAGGGUGUUCUUCAGAGUACACCUGGGUAAUUCGCUCUGGAAAAGCUUCUGUCCAGGAAUGAGGACAACACAGACCUCUUGAAGAUGGCAGGCUGUUUCCAGUAGUGCCAAGGAAAUUAAGUGUAUGACAGAGAAUAUCUGCAGAUGCAACGUCCAGUCAGUUUCCUGUCCUCACUUCCACCAGCUAGCACCUGCUUGUGGCUGGACAGCUACGGGUCUCAAAAUGAGAUAUCAAACAGCAUGGAACACAAGAGUGGACAGCAAUUCCAUUGCCAACAUAGAAGGAUAUCUUUAAUCGCAAUCAGAAGAGCAAAUAGCACAGAAGCACCAGUGCUUUAACCUAUGGAGAAAUCUGCCCCUAGUUUAGGCCAAGUCACCCAGAAGCCAUCAGGUUGGUGGUAGGAAUUUGUAUUUUUUUUCUUUUUUCAGAGUACACGAAAUUGGUAAAUGUGCUACAUGCCUUACUUGGAAUACAAUUAUUAUUAUUUUAUACAAGUAUGAGAUUAGAGGAAGGGAAAGAAAGACAGAGAGGGGACAACAGACACAGCGAAAAAUCCCACAACGGCUCAUGACAAACCGGAAGGGAUGGGGGAACAUGGGGAAAUCUGCUUCAUUUGGCUGGAAAGUCCUGGGUGUGUAUACAACAGCAUUUUUGCCCAUGCAUGGGGAUGAUAGCAAAGAGACAGAAUCAGGUCAGGGGUCAAGAAAGUAGGAGUGAAGACAUCCUCCCGACCCCCCCCCAACCCCUCCAAAAAGAGCCAACCUUGGAGAAUCUAUUCUGGUCACUGGAAAGGAGCUCUUAGCCACAAAAGAAACCCAGAGUGCAAAAUCCUUUGACAAAGCGCUUAAAGUGAUGAAGAGGCUGGGGCUUAGUGAGCCCAGGGGGCUGGUUUGUUCCUGGCUCUAGAGGCAGCGAGGACAGUGGUGGUUCUUCUCCAGCGGUGUCCCCCCAAGAGAGGAAGGCGCCCAGAGGACAGUGGAGACCUUCUUGGGGGAGACGUUGGGAGGGUACACUCAUUGCUUCCUUCUAGCUCUUCAGUCCCGCCACAGGGCAGGACAAAGGGAGUAUGGAAGUAGGCAGGGGUUGGGGAAGGGUGUUUUGUGUUUUUGGUUGUUUUUUUUUUUUUGCAAAUAAAAUGGUGGUGCAUGGAAGGUGAACAUGCAGCCCCAAGCCCUAUA